UGACGUCACAGAGGGUGCAGCCAAUAGGAACGAGCUCUUGUGUAUAUAAGAUUUAUCUGCUGGAAUACAGCAGCACUCCUCUGGAGUUCACAUUAUUGACUUUGGAUAGACAGAUUAAGCAUUGAAGAAGAGAAUUUUUCUUUACAAUACUAUUGGUAAUCUGUUCACCAUCUGCAAGGUGAAAGGUUCAACAGUGUAAAAGAGAACAAAGGAAGAUAACAAUGGCUUUGACAGUUCUACCCAUGCUGGGCCCGAUCUCUGUGUCCGAGAGUCUCGUGGCCAUUAUAACAAUAUGUGUGGCGUAUCUCCUCAUGCGCCUCAUGCGCACUAAAAUUCCAGAAGGGCUCCAGAAGCUGCCGGGCCCGAAGCCACUUCCGAUCAUCGGUAACGUCCUGGAAGUGGGAAAUAACCCCCAUCUCAGCCUGACUGCCAUGAGCAAGUGCUACGGCCCCGUCUUUCAAAUCCAGAUCGGCAUGCGUCCCGUGGUGGUGCUCAGCGGCAACGAGGUCAUCCGUCAGGCUCUCCUCAAACAGGGUGACGAAUUUGCCGGUCGACCUGACCUGCACAGCUCAAAGUUCAUCAGCGAAGGCAAGAGUCUGGCCUUCAGCACUGACCAGGUCGGCGUGUGGCGUACCCGCCGCAAACUGGCACUCAGUGCCCUGCGAACAUUCGCCACAGUGAAGGGCGAAAGUUCCGAGUAUUCGUGCGCUCUCGAAGAACACAUCAGCAAAGAGGGGCUGUAUCUGGUCGAAAGACUUAACAGCGUCAUGAAGAUGGAGGGUAGCUUCGAUCCGUUCCGUUACAUCGUGGUGUCCGUGGCCAAUGUCAUCUGCGGGAUCUGUUUCGGCCGCCGCUACGGUCACGAUGACGACGAGCUGUUGAGUUUGGUCAACUUGAGCGAUGAGUUUGGAAAGGUCGUGGGUAGCGGCAACCCCUCCGAUUUCAUUCCAUUCCUACGCUUCCUGCCCAGCAAAACAAUGAAAAAGUUCCUGGAUAUCAAUGCUCGAUUCAGCAAAUUAAUGCAGAGACUCGUGACUGAGCAUUAUAACACUUUUGACAAGAACAACAUCCGUGACAUCACCGAUUCUCUCAUCGACCAUUGUGAAGACAGAAAACUGGAUGAGAACUCCAAUGUUCAAGUCUCUGAUGAGAAGAUUGUGGGAAUCGUCAAUGAUCUCUUUGGAGCUGGUUUUGACACUAUUAGCACGGCUCUCUCCUGGGCUGUUGUGUAUCUGGUUGCUUACCCUGAGAUCCAGGAACGACUACACAGAGAGCUGGAUGAAAAGAUCGGAAAGGACCGGACACCUCGUCUGUCAGACAGACCUGAUCUGCCGCUGCUCGAGUCUUUUAUUCUGGAGACCUUCAGGCAUUCAUCUUUCCUACCCUUCACCAUUCCUCACUGCACCACUAAAAACACAUCUCUGAAUGGAUACUUCAUUCCCAAAGACACCUGCGUGUUUGUGAACCAGUGGCAGGUCAACCGUGACCCUGAACUGUGGAAGGAUCCAUCAUCUUUCAACCCCGAUCGAUUCCUCAGCGCAGACGGUACAGAGCUGAAUAAGGUGGAAGGUGAGAAGGUUUUGGCCUUCGGUUUGGGAAAGCGCCGCUGCAUCGGAGAGUCAAUCGGACGAGCCGAGGUCUUUCUGUUCCUGGCCAUCCUGCUCCAGAGAUUCAAGUUCAACAGUAUGCCAGGAGAAAUACUGGACAUGACGCCGGAGUACGGCCUUACCAUGAAACACAAGCGCUGUAGGCUGCGCGUCACACCGCAACCAGGGUUCGAAGUCAGUGGGGCUGCAUCGUGAUCGGACUGAAAGGUCAACUAAGUUUUGCCUAAACCCGCAAGGUUUCCACUCGCGGUUCCGGUCUGGUGAUAAGCUAGAUAUCAGCUCGCAAUGCCAAAUAUUUGAAAGAUGUUUGUAUCAGCUCUGAAUCUGAUGCAGGUCAAAUCGUUUGGUGCAGUUUAUUACAGUUAUUUUAACUAUGCUGGAGCGCACAAAUCAUAAGCUAUGAGUCUUUUAUCGUGUACAUACAUCUUUUUUUCAUAGGCGCAUUGACAUGCCCAGCACCACAAAAAAAAACUCAUGCAAAUGCUGAAAAAUUAUUUGUGCUUUUAAUUAAAGUGCAAAGUAGCGGUGAUAACAUUGUGUGUCUGUUGGAGCUCUGCAUUAAGCUGCUUUUCUGUAAGUUUAUAGUUUGAAGAUUUAUAAAGAUUUCUCAUCUCUUAUUGAGUGUCUGCCAGAUGACAAACACUGAAGCUAUAUUCAUUUUUUUAUUAUGAACCCAAAAUGUGAUCUUUAUGUAAAUAUACAACCAAUAUUACUAUGCACAUUGUCCUUUUUUUUUUAAAGUUUUUACAAAUGUAUAUUUUACUGUUUUUUAUCAAGGUGCCUCUUGAUAUCCAAUAUUGUUCUCUAGAUGAACACCAGAUUCUAUCCUUUAUGUUGUUGUUUUUAUUGUAUUUCCCUGAUAUACAUUUUUGUACAAUGAAGGAAUAUAACAUGUGAAGGACUAAAGCUUUCAUAUAAUAAAUAAUUACUUUUACAA